GGGAAGCUCAUCAAGUUCCGCAACCCCCAUCCGUCGGCCGGUGAUCCGCCUCGAUCUGUGAUUCUCGUGACCGCCAGGAUUUUCUGGUACGGAAAAUGGAGGGGGGGCGAUGUUUCGCAUCCUUGGUUGGGGCUGCAUUCCGUGCUGUGCUGACCUUCCCUCGCAGGUCCAUGAUCACGGGCGAGUGGUCCACCCCCGACACGUCCAACGUCAACAUCCCGGCCGUCAAGCCCGCCUUCAGGGAGAGGCGGGCUGGAUUAUCCAACCUGCGCGCCACCUGGCUCGGACAUGCCUGCUACUUGGUCGAGUUCCCCAGCGGGCUGCGAGUCUUGUUCGACCCGGUCUUCGAGGACCGCUGUGCGCCGGUGCAAUGGCUCGGGCCCAAGCGGUACACGCCGCCGCCGUGCUCCCUCUCCGACCUCCCCCCCGUCGACGCCGUGGUCAUCAGCCAUUCCCAUUACGACCACCUCUCGCACACCAGCGUCCGGGAGCUCGCCCGCCGGAACCCCGGCGCGCACUUCUUCGUCGGCCUCGGCCUGGAACGGUGGUUCCGCGACAGCGGCAUCGACAACGUGACCGAGAUGGACUGGUGGCAGGAUGCCGACCUCGUCCUGACGAGGAGGCAGGACGCCCACGUCCAAGACCCGGACCCGGACAAGACCGAUCCCGAGACCAUCUCGGCCCGCAUCACCUGCCUUCCCUGCCAGCACGCCUCCGGACGGUCGCACAGAGACCAGAACCACACCCUGUGGGCGUCGUGGGCCGUCAGGUCGGGCGGCAAGUCCGUCUGGUUCGGCGGCGACACGGGCUACCGGCGGGUGCCCAAGCUGCCGGCCGGCGUGGACGACUACGGGCCCGAGUACGACUCGCUGCCGCGCUGCCCCCAGUUCGCCCAGAUCGGCGCCCUGCGCGGGCCCUUCGACCUCGGCCUGAUCCCCAUCGGCGCCUACAAGCCGCGCUGGAUGUGGAGCUGGAUGCACGCCAACCCUUACGACGCCGUCGAGAUCUUCAAGGAGACCCGCUGCAAGCGCGCCAUGGGCAUCCACUGGGGCACCUGGGCCCUGACGAUAGAAGAUGUCGAAGAGCCGCCGAAGCUGCUGAAGCAGGCACUCGCGGCGAGCGGCAUUCCCGAGACGGGUGUUUUUGAUGUCUGCGCGAUUGGUGAGGCGAGAGAGUUUUGAGAGGUAAUAAGCAAAACUUCGACAAAACCUUCUUACAUGACCAGCUACGUAAUAUUCUGAAUGGAUUGAUAUCCAUCCCAUGCAAGUCCCUCCCAAAUAUUGUA